GCCACACCCAGCGGUCGCGCCCGUUUCCAUGAGGACGCGGCGCCAGGCCGGGGCUGUAGGGCCACCGAGCCAGCUGACUUGCAGCCGCGGCGGCGGCGACAUGAGCGCGGCGGGAGUGGCGGCCGGGCAGCGGCCUCUCAGCUCAGGGGCCCUGGGCUCCCGGGGGGCGUCGCGCCCACGCCUGCGCCCGUCCGCCGUCCCCCAGCCCCCGGGGCCGCACGGCGCGCAGCCCGGGCUCAGCGAGGCGCAGAAGCGGGUCCUGGACCUGGAGAAGAGCCUGCAGUUCCUGCAGCAGCAGCACUCGGAGACGCUGGUCAAGCUCCACGAGGAGAUCGAGCACCUGAAGCGGGAGAACAAGGAUCUCCAAUACAAGCUAAUAAUGAAUCAGAAGCCUCAGAAGAGAGGCAGCAUCUCCAAUUCCAGUUUUCAGUCCAUCAAGUCUGUCUCAAAUUCAACAGUGUCAGCAAACUCUCAAGGCAAGGCCAGGCCCCAGCCUGGUUCCUCCAAGAAGCAAGACUCGAAAGCUGACGUUCCCCAGAAGAUGGAGCUGGAAGAGGAGCCACCAGGCGCCACCCUGCUUCACAACGGCAAGCUGGACAAGGCCGCUGGGACCCAGGGGCAGGCCAAAGACGAGGAAGUGGAGACCUCUAAUGCAGUGGCCACCUCAGUGGCGGGCAGCCAGCACAAGGUCAAGCAGGUGACGGGGGCACCCCCCUCAAUGAGCCUGCCCCCCCACCUGCGCAGGCCCACCACGCUUCAGCAGUGCGAGGUGGUCAUCCGCCAGCUGUGGAAUGCCAACCUCCUGCAGGCGCAAGAGCUGCAGCAUCUCAAGUCCCUCCUGGAAGGGAACCAGAGGCCUAAGGCUGCCCCCGAGGAGGCUGGGCCAAGUUCUCCCAAGUGCGUGCCCCUGGGUGGCGCCCACCCCGUCACGGCAGGGUCUGCUCAUCUGGGGCUCACUGCUGACUCUUCCUUCACUAGGGACCAGGAGGCCCUUCACCCGGGGGCCAUGCAGUUCCCCAAGGUCCCCACCAAGGGUGUCUCUAAGAAAUGCCUGAUUCUGAGCCCGAUGCCGGUGGCGGAGCGAGCCAUCCUGCCGGCGUUGAAGCAGACCCUGAAGAACAACUUCGCGGAGCGGCAGAAAAGGCUGCAGGUGGUGCAGAGCCGGCGGCUGCACCGCUCUGUGCUCUGAGCGCUCGCCCGCACCCUCCUUGCAGCCAGGCCUCCCACGACCUGCGGCUGGAGACGCUAACCCUCUCUACAUAGCACUUCAAAAGAAUUCUACUGCGCUUAAGCCAAGCUGAUUCCAGACAAAACUCAUGGCAGAGAAAGUACUUGGUUUCAGAACUGAGAAACUUUUCUUGCUCAGUAUUUUGUUAUUCUGCAUUUACACAAAAACAUUAUGAAGUAAGUAUUACCCUCCUUGUUGAAGACUGGAAAUAAAGCUCGUUUCUCCCAGU